UGCAGAUGUAGAGCCAAAACAACACUUCAGCUGAACUAUAAAACGUUGCUCAGCCAGACGGUCCUGUUUCAGUUGUUCUGUACACUGACAAUGGCCAAAAGACAUCUGAUGUUGUGGAUCUUCGCUCUGUGUGUUUCACUCAAUCCCUCAGUUGGUCACAUUCCUGAACUAGAUGGAAAAAAGGUUUAUGAGAUUGUUCGACCAGUCAGAUUACAUUCCCUACAAAAAAGAGAUUUAAAGUCAAGACCUGACACAGUGAAAUACGCUAUGAAACUAGGAGGUCGAGACAUUAAAAUGCAUCUCCAGAAAAAUGAUGGCAUGCUGACUAAAGACUAUAGCGAAACUUACUACACAAAAGAUGGGAUGCUUGUCACAACUUCACCUAAGGAUCUGGAUUUAUGCUAUUAUCAUGGGAAAAUAGUCAAUGACAGUAAAUCGUCGGUUAGCAUGAGCACCUGUGAUGGUUUACGAGGCUAUUUCCAAACAGAGGAGCAGAGAUUUCUGAUUGAGCCGUUGUCUGAGGAUGGUGAUGGUGACCAUGCUGUCUUUAAGUAUGAAGAUGUAAAUGAAGAGACGCCUAGGAUGUGUGGAGUCAACACCACUAGCUGGGACGAGAGUGAGAAAAGUGCUCCUCCACGCAUUGUCAAAAGUCGUUCUCGUUCCUCAGGGCCAACUUUUUUCCAGCAACAAAAAUACAUUGAGUUCUUCGUUGUGGCAGACAACAGUGAAUACAAGAAGUUAGACAGCAGCCAUGAGAAGCUGAGAAAGAGAAUAUUUGAGAUCAUCAAUUACAUGAAUAAUGUAUAUAAAGAAAUCAACACAUUUGUAGCUCUAACUGGAUUUGAAGUCUGGACAGAUAGUGAUAAGAUAACAGUGUCUUCUGUUGCUAAAGAUACCUUGAACGCAUUUUCCCAUUGGAGCUACAGCGAUCUCAUCGAAAGACAGAAACAUGACACUGCCCAUCUCCUCAGUGCAAUUGACUUUGAUGGAUCAACUGUAGGUCUGGCUAACAUUGGAGACAUGUGUUUUGGUCUUUCAACAGGGAUUGUGCAGGAUCACAACACUAAGGCUAUAGUGGUGGGGGCUACAAUGGCCCAUGAGAUGGGGCACAAUCUGGGCAUGGGUCAUGACAGCAACACAUGUGUUUGUUCUGAUGAGGCUUGCAUUAUGACAGCUGCCCUCAGCUAUUUCAUCCCACACCACUUCAGCAGCUGCAGUACUAAUAGCUAUGUGAACUACCUGGACACCCAAAACCCAAAAUGUCUUCUGAAUAGGCCCAAACCAAAAGAACUGAUUCAGCCACCUAUAUGUGGAAAUGGAUUUUUGGAGAUGGGAGAAGAAUGUGACUGUGGAACGGUACAGGAGUGUAUAAACCCAUGCUGCAAUGCAAUCACAUGCAAGCUGACAGAGGGCUCACAAUGUGCAACAGGAGAAUGUUGUGAGAAUUGUAAGAUCAUGUCAGCCGCACAUGUGUGUCGUCCAAAAAAUGAUGAAUGUGAUUUGCCCGAGUCAUGUACUGGAAAUUCAGCCUGGUGUCCUGAAGAUGUCUUUACAGUCAAUGGAAUCCCUUGUGAGAAUGGUAAAGGCUAUUGCUACAAUGGCCAGUGCCCACAGAAAGAGCAGCAGUGCAUUAAAAUGUGGGGUGCAAAUGCUGUGGUGGCUCAAGAAUAUUGCUACCAACACAACACAAAAUCAGAAUCAUACGCCCACUGCAAACGUAGCGGCGAUAAAUAUAUUGCAUGCCAUGGAAAAGAUGUGCUGUGUGGAAAACUGUUCUGUUACAAUGGCAAUGGACAUCCCAAUUAUGGACGGCUGGUACAAUUCCUUGAAUGUAAAGCCACAUUCUAUAGCCAUCCUGAAAAUGAUCAUGGCCAAGUUGAAACUGGCACCAAAUGUGGGGAAGGGAUGGUUUGUUACCAGAAUGAGUGUGUUGACCUAGAGACAGUUUAUAAAGCAGCAAACUGCUCAGCCAAGUGCCAAGGCCAUGCGGUUUGUGACCACAGAAUGGAGUGCAGAUGUGAGCCUGGAUGGCUGCCGCCAGAUUGUGAAACACCAACAGCAAGUUAUGGAUUCUCUAAAGGUGUGAAAACAUCCAUCACUAUGUUUGUCUUUGUCCUGUUUGGGAUACUUGUAUCUGGACUGGCCAUCUCCUUUUACAAGCACAGAAAGAGCGUACCAUAUUCAUUCCGCCAUCCAAGGCGGCAGGAAGUUCAUGUAGUCGAUAUCCCUGACUACAGAUUUCACGCGACACCAAAUCAGAAUCCAUCUCCGGCAAUAAGGCCUAAAGGACCUCCUCCACCUCCACCUUCAUCAGUCCAGUCCAGAGUUCAACAUCAUGCACAGCAUAAUAAUGCACAGCAGGUUCUUAGACCACCUCCUCCAAGGGUGUGAUGUCUAGCAAGAAGUGGAACCAUGCAGCAGACUGGAAUGGUCAGUCACUCCAGAACCUGCAGAAGGGUUGCAAGUGUGUUAGAAGACUGAGGCUUAGUAAAAUCUUCAAGAAUAAUCAAAUGUCUGUGAAAAUAAGCCACAUGCUUAGCAUAAAUAUGAGAUAGCGAUUUCUUCAUUGCAAUGUCAGCUAAGGUUUUUUUUUAACACACACACAAACACACACACACACACACACACACACGUAAAUUGUUGCAAUGCACUUUCAAGAUAUGUCAAACAAAAAUGCUUAGAAAAUAUAAUUUUUGUGUUUACCAUUUAGUUUUGUAUUAAUGAAAAUGUUGAUGUAAAUUUACACUGUAAGAUAUUUCAAGCUGUUUAAACUUAAAAACAAAAGUUCACCUGCUGCCUAAAAAAUGUGAGUUACUCUUUGUUCCAACUCAAGAAGUUACAUUUGAAAGUUUAUUAAACAAAUGUUCAUUUGUUGGGUCAACUUGAUGCUCUGAGUUAAAAAAAAACUUACUAUGUUACAUUAUCAGUUCAAGAAAACUCAAUUUGUUAUUUUAACUGAUAAUUUAUAUGUUAUUGAAAAUUAAAGUAAUACUAGUCUUGACUAGUUUUGUCUGGCUUGUAAGAGUUAAUUUAACUAAUGUUUGUAAGUUAUAUGUUGGGGACGAGUGGCGAUACACAGAGACUGCAAAAUACAAAGAAAUCAUCGCCAUUUUGAGUUAAUGCAGCUGCCUGGAGUCCUUACAUGGAUUCAUGUCGAGAAACACAAUAGGGAAGGUGAGUUUUUUUUAAUUGCAAUAAGGAAAGUAGUAGUGGGUGU